GGGCUCGGCAGUGGGACUCCCGCACGCGCAGAGUCCGCCGCCGCGCCACCACCGAAAAAGUAAGAGUUUGUGAGUGCAAGUGAAGUGCAAGUACUGUGUACCAUUGGAAUGGAUGGCAAGUGAGGAUGGCAGCACCCCGCGCGCGGAGCCGGCGGCGCUGAGCGCGGGCGCGGGGCCCGCGGGGGGCGGGGGCUGCGCCUGCGCCGCCUGGCCGCCGCGCCGCUCCGCGCCGCACGAGAUACUGCGCCCCAAACCUAGGAGGCCUUCGAGUGGCGGGCGGCCCGACGAGUGGUGCGGCGUGGCGGGCGCGCGUGCGUUGCGCGUGCGCGUGUGCGCGGCGGCCGACGCGCCCGCGCCAGCGCACGCGCGCCGCCUGUCACCGCCGCCACCUGCGCGCCGCGCCUCCACCCCUCCUCCGGUAGAUCCUGAUACCAAGCCCCUUAGCAGCCACAAAGAGCCGGUAAAUGGCGCCGUGGCACUAAAGACCGUGAGCGGCGUAUCUCCGUUAACAGCGGCGUCGGCGCCGGUGCGCGGUGCGCCGGCGCAAACCAGCUACGCGCUCGAGCGCCGCCCGCGCCACGACCAUCACCAUCGUCCGCCUGAAGCGCAACCUGCCCAGAAUGGAGUCCGCGACUGCAACAGCAGUUCGGACGAGAACAGGUCUUCAGGACACGCAUCGAUGUCGGACAGCGGCGGAGCGGGGGAUGCGGGGCGCGAGGAGCCCCGGCGCAGCCGUCAGCAGCCACACGUGCGGGGCAAGCACAGGCCCCACAACAAGUUACAGUCACCGUGGCCGGGAGGUGGAGGACUCGAGGACAUCCGGUCAGCCAUCAAGCAGCUGACGUUGCGCUCUCGAGACAGCAGCAGCACGGCCACCAGCGGCGCCUCCAGCGGGAAUGGGGCUCAAGAAACCGGCAGUGCAGCAGAGGCGCGCCGCCGCCGGGCGCCGCUCGUGCGGCAGCCGUCCCUUGACACCGUGUGCACCAACGUCACCAGCGCAGACGAGUUCGUGUGGGUGGACUCUCACAACAGAUUAGUCGAGCUACGCUGUGUCCCGUGGACGGCGAGCGAGAUGAGCCGUGCGCUGCAAAGCGGCCGCUGCAAAGAGCUGGCCCCCAGGCUGGCGCCGGACACGCCACCGAGACUCGCUUAUCUCCUGCAGAGGGCUUUAGUCCGAAUAUCGCGGGAAGCCCAACGCCUGUCGCAGAACUUCGGCUUCUGCUCCAAGCACGAGGUGGCCGGGGCCUUCAGGAUCGUGCUCAGCACGUCGCUCGCUGAUACUUGCAUAAAGGGUUGCCAACGCGCAGCCACGAUGUACGCGACAUCAGGGAGUGCGGCGCGGCGGCUCGGCUCCGCGGCACGCGCGCGCACCAGCCUCGCCCCAGGCCGCUUCCAACGCUGGAUGCUGGACGUGCGCGUGGCUUCCUUCGUUCACGAAUACGCGGCGAUAUACCUCUGCGCCGGCAUGGAGACGCUCCUAGAAGAGAUCGCUCUGACCGCGGGCAGCGGCACCGGCCCGGUGACUCCGGCUGCGGUGGACCACGCCGUCGCCAACUGCGCCGACCUGUGGGGUCUGCUGCAACCCUACAGCCACCUAAAUGCUGGCCGUAUCGCCUCAGGAGCACUCUCCAUUUCCCGCUGGGAGUCGAUGAGCUCGAUGGGUUCCGGCUCAUCGUCUGGUCCCUGCCGUCCGGAGCACAGGCAGUUGGGACUCAGCCACGAUUCGGGCAUCACCACCAAUGGGUCUGGUGGGUCCGGCACCUCCGCCGGGUCCAGCGGCAGCACGGGGUCGGGCGCGUCGGUGCUGCUGACGACGUGCGCGGGCUCCGCCGCCGAGCUGCGCGCCGUGUUGCGCCGCGUCGCGCCGCGCCACGCGCCGCUGUCGCCCGGCGCCGAGCGCGCCCUCUACUACUUCAUGCGGUGCUCGCAGUUGGAGCAUAAUUUGAACACAGCGUCGACGGCCAGCUGCGCAAACGGUCUGUGGGGUGAAAGAGGCGCCGGCGCCCUGCCUCCUCUCGGCGAGUGGGUCCGGGUUAUUAGAGCGCAUGCAGCGCUACGGCCGCCGCCCGCCGUACCAGACGCCGACGACGUACUGCAGGCCGCCCGUCUGCUGCUGCCGCACGCCGACUGCCCACCCAGACCUGUCACAUUGGAAGAAGCCAUAGAGCCAGCGUGGUCCCGCUGCACACGCGCCGCGGACGAGCUCUCCCGCGCUGCGCUGGGACUAGCUCAACGCGCGCUACUGAGCGGACGGCCCGACCUGCUGGGGGGCGUGAAGGCGCUCCUACCGUCCGCAGGACUCGACGCUACCGACGCGGCUGGCCUGACGGUGCUGAUGAAAGCUGCGCUGGCCGGAGACGACCAGAUUGUGGCGGUAAAUAAGCGGUAUGCUUUGGAGUCGGGUGCAGACCCGAACAUCGAGACACCGGGCGUAGCGGCACCACACGCACUUCUAUCCCCGCGCUCCCCGCACGGAACAACCCCAGCCCCCGCCAACCAAUCGCCAGCUUACACCCCACCUACUGCAGGCUGGACCGCACUCGUGUACGCAUGCAGCGGCGCGGGCGGCGGCGGCGCGGUGGAGUGCGCACGCAAGCUUCUCGGCGCCGGAGCGAGGGUCGACGGCGCGCCGGCGCGGGGCGAGGACGUCUGCACGCUCACUCCGCUCCAGGUGGCAUGCGGCGCUGGGAACCAAGAGUUGGUGCAACUUUUGUUGUCUCACGGAGCGGACCCAUUCCUUUCUACGCAGCUGAAUGAUGCUCUGUGCUAUAGUGCUGCAGCUCAGUAUGGAUGCUAUAGCGCCGUAGCGGUGUGUUGCACGCAUGGCGCGCGCUCUUGCUUGCGCGCGUGCGUGCGCGGCAACGGGAGCGGCGCGCGCGCCGGCGCUGUGCUGUCGCUGGAAGAAGUUCUGGCUGAGGGAGCACCGCCCGCCGCGCGCCCCGCCUUCACCAAGCAACAGCAGCGAGCGCUACAAGACGCCAUGUACUACGCGGCUGAGACUGACCACUUAGAUAUAACAUUAGAACUACGAGGCUUAGGCGUCCCCUGGUCUCUCCAUGCGUGGACGCUUUCUUUAGCGGCUGCUGCGGAAGCUUCAUUGGACCAUGUUAUAGACCAACUACUACAAGACUUUUUACAGGUUUGCCCGUCGGAUGACAGCCACUAUAGCAAGCAGUUCAUUUACGAGUGUCUCCCAUUGCUGUUCAACAUUUUACGAUACAGCAAGGAGGGCACAGUGCUGCUGUUAGCGGACAUCCUUUGCGCCUGCUACGGCUGGGAGCCGGUACCGAGCGUGCUGGAACCGCCGCCCGCUGCUGCACCCGCUCCCGCCCGUGUCGACCCUUCCUAUGUAAAUAACCCGUCGCUCGCUGACGUCACAUUCAGAGUGGAAGGACGGCUGUUCUACGGGCACAAGAUUGUGUUGGUGUCGGAGUCUCCACGCCUGCGGGCUAUGCUAGCGCCACGUGCACCCGGCGACGCUGCACCCGCCUCCGCCUCCGCGUCCGCGUCCGCGCCCGCUGCACCACCGCUUGUGCAGAUCAACGAUAUAAGAUACGACAUCUUCGAGCAAGUAAUGAAGUACCUGUACUCGGGUGGCUGCGCUGGUUUGGAGAUCCCUGACACGGACGUACUGGAAGUGCUGGCCGCGGCGUCCUUCUUCCAACUGCUGCCGCUGCAGCGGCACUGCGAAGCGCGCGCCGCCAAGUCCGUGGGGUUGCAUAAUCUUGUUUCCGUGUACAUUCAUGCCAAGGUUUAUGGAGCAACGCAGCUUCUAGAAUACUGUCAAGGUUUCCUGCUACAGAACAUGGUGGCCCUUCUAACGUACGAUGACUCGGUGAAGCGACUGCUGUUCGGCAAACGACUGCCCGGCCACAACGUUCUGGGCGCUCUACUCACUACCCUACAGAAAAGAGUUGAGGCUAGGAAGAGUCAGGCUAAAAGCAGAUAGCAAUUGGCAACACUCAACAACACAAAAAUGUACAAUAUUAUUAUAGUAUUAAGAUGCUAUAAGAGUAUAAGGUUAAAUACACUGACAAUAAAUAUGUAGAUAGUACAACUGUCAACAUGAUAUUCAAACCCCCUACUAAUUUUCAAUUAGAUUUUUUUAUUUUUAAAUUAGUCAUGGCCUUGGAAGAAUCUACUGCAGUGCCCUUAAUAUAACAUUUCGGUUGAAAACUUAAAUGACUAUAUUCAACUUAUGUAGAUAAGUAGUUCAUAAGAAGCAAGUACCUACUAUAAAACAUAUUUUUAUACAGUAUAUGAAAAAUGUUUUAAAUAAAAAACUCAUCAAAAUAAAUAAUAAUAUUUAAUGUCUGUUCUCAAUUUGUAUGUCUGUACUAAAAUGUGUAAUUAUUGUUGAAAUAAAGCUUUACGUUU